AUGGCGUUCAAUCCAGCGGGAAUAGAAGCUUUGUCUGAACUUUUGAAACCUCCAAAAGACGAUGAUUCAAGCUCUGAUGAUGAAAAUUUCUCGCCAAAGAAAUCUGCUGCUGUAAAUCCUGGAAGCAUUGGGCCUCCAAAGAAACAAGAAAAACCCGGUGGUUCUCAAGUUCCUAACUCUCAACAAGCAGAUAGCAGUGAUAUCUGGAGUGAGGAGGAGAUACCUGAGGGUGGACAAGGAGAUGAUGAGUUAGAUCCAAGACCUGCUCCUGAAUAUGAAAUGAUUUUUAAGCAAGCUGUAACCUCAGAGGAUAUGUAUCUUCAAAUGAGUGGUAGAAAUCCAUCCUCCUCUAGCUGUGAAGAUUUAUUGAUAAAAAUCAAGCUUCCAGACACAGAGUACUCCGAUGUAAAUUUAGAUGUGACAGAUACUUUUCUAGACUGUAGAACACCAAAAUAUAAACUUGGAGUUCACCUGCCACACCCAGUGGACAGUAAAAAUGGCAAAGCACAGUGGGACAAAAGUAAAAACCUACUGACUGUAACUGUUCGACUUGUACGGGAAUAUGACUUCCUCACACAAAGGUGAUCAGAUAGAAUUCUUCUUGAUGUAUUCCUUUAGGACCUUUAAUGCAAGGAAGAGGAGAGCAGCAGUAAACACUGUCUAAGCCACCAUAAACCUGAUCCAGCUUCAGGACAGACAUUUUCACUCUUGAUGGUGUUUGGUUAAGUUUUGCCCUCUACAUUCCUGUUUACUAUCAGCAACAGUAGGAAGGCUGUAAAGGAUACAUCUGCACCUUGAUUUAAAUCUAAUUUCUGGAUUGCUGAUGACUCAACUCAACGUUUAAGAAAGAUUUGGAGGGAAAAUUGAAAGGAUUUACCUUGUCCCUCAAAAAAAUUUCACCAUGAACAUCUUAAAAAUAUAACGUUGGAACCCAAGGACUGAGUGCUUUGAGUUGAAUGAUGAAUACUUGUACAAUUGCACUGAACUGCUAUAAGAUACUAUCACAUUUAUUUUUUUGCUGGAAAUUGUAUUCAAACUUUUGAAAUUAGUGCAAAAUUAAAUAAAUUAUAUUGCCUGAA